AUGUCUUCCAUCGAUAUAAAGAAUAAAUGCCCAAAAGGAGAAAAUGGUGGCCACAGAACUGAAGAAUGUGCCAGGUAUAGCAGACUUAUUGCAUCACUGAGAAAUUUAGACGGCAACAAACCUCCACAUUACAGAGUAUGCAAACAUACAGGGGAUAGGAUAGUAUCUGUCACUAAUCUAAAAUAUGGUGAAAAAGAGCUUACCGAUGAAAAAUAUGAUCCACUUUCCACUAAACACCAACCAAUCACUGAGGUAUCUACUUACUAUAGUGCGACCUAUGACGGAAGCCAAAACAGCAUAGAGAAACCCCUUCUGCUUAAAAUCAAAGAUGAUAAGGAAUACCACUGGUAUGAGAAUAAGGGAGAUCCUUUAAAUACAAAAUGGGAAAAUAUCCCGGAUGGAGAAAAACUAUUUUACGAUGGGUAUAAUCUAAAAGGUGACGCUCUUAAGAAACGACUCAAUGAUCUUACCUGUAGAAUCCAUAAUUUCCAUUCUGUCAACAUUUAUGAGAAAGGUGAUGAUGGAAAAUACUCUUGUCCUGCCUGUGGAAAAUACGAGGUUACAGUUAGUUCUGAGACGAAAACAGAUAUUUCUGGAUAUACCAAGCACAAACAUACAUAUGAUGCCGAUACAAACUUGGUUAGGUAUGACGCCACUGUUCUUGAAUGGAAAGAUGGAGAUAAUUACAAGCCCAUUCCACUUAAUGAUAGAUACGAUAAUAGUCUGGGAGUAUAUUACUGGGACAAAGAUGAAGAGUGUAAGAGACCUCUACUCAUGGAAAUUGGUCUCUUUGGUGAAAUACCAGUUUCCCUAGGUAAUAACGGAGAAAAAGGUAACAGCAAGUGGACUAUGAUAAUGCCUGAAGGUGAUGAAUUACAACUAAAAGGUAAUGAACUCCAAAAGAUACUCCAUCAACAAAAGUGCAAACUUUUCAGACCAGCGGUCAUAAAUGUCUCAGUAAAGGGAGAAUCUUACCUCAAUGACUAUUGUAAUGGUAAAAAUUGUAAGAAUGGAGAUUGUACUCAUACUAUACAAGUUAAAGAUUAUGGUGGUUCUCUAUAUGAGGAAUUUAGCUUGGAGAAAUAUACCGCUUUGAAGCACACUUAUGGAGGACCAGAAGAGACGUUCACUAUAACGGGUUUUACUAAUGGACCUUCUCCAAUUGAUAUCCCGACAGGAUCCUUUCCAAUAUGGGAUGUUAGAGAAGUGGUGGUAUUUUUUCCAGAAUGUAAGAACAGUCCCGAUGACAAAGCUACCACUACACCUCUCUUGAUUUAUGUUAACAGUAAUAAUAAGAAUGCUAAGAAGUGGUAUAAGAACUCUGGUCCAAAGGGUGGAAAUAACUGGGUGGAAGUUGAGGGUGAACUAGAGGAUAAGCCUCCAAAUGAGGUUCGUGAUCUUGAAGGUGUUAUAGAUGAAAUUAAGGAGCUAAAACUUUAUUGCCAAAAUGAAGGGAUACUUCAACCUCCUCAUAUUCUUGCUGCUAAAUCCGCUUUUAAGAGCGAAGUUGUUAAAGAUACAGAAGCUGAACCUAGAAUACCCGGUGAAAAGCUAUUGACCACGCUAACCAAGGCGUUGGUAGAGCUUAGACUAGAUGCAGAACAAAUUGUUGAAGACUUGGUGGAAGAGACUAUUGGAUUUGCUAAGGUGCUGAAGGAUGCUCUUCCACUGGCUAGGAAGCUUUUUGACCUACCUCCUGAAAAAACGCCCUCUGUUCCAACUGCUCCUGCCUCUGAACCCUAUCUAGAUUCUGCUGAUACUAGUGCUGGCCUUGAAAGUAAUACUGGAGUACCACAAGUACAAGCAGUAGUAUUACCAGUGGUAAGAGCUUCAGUACGAGAUUCUUCAGAAUCAGAGGAAGUAGAAGCAGAAGUAAUAGAAUUAGAGUCAGAGGGACAACUAUUAGCAGGAGAGGAAGUUCCACCAUUAGAAGUGACCGAGUUUGAGAUCAUAGCAGCAGCUUUUCCAGGCACAGUAGAUGGAAAAAUAAUAGAGGAAGUAGAAGUAAUAGAACCGGUAGGAAUAACAGGGGAAGUAGUACAAGAAAUAGGAAAUACUAUUACUCCUGUUAUUGUAGAUGUACCUAUCACUAUCACUGAUUCUACUUCUCCUCAACUUGAUGGAUCUCCUCCUAUUGCUGAUCUACUACCCAUCACCACCCCUUCUUGGAGUCCUACUACUGUUAUUAUUGAUCUUCCUGGUCCUGAAACUGCUAAACUUGAAGUCUCAGGCCCUUCUGUAACUGGAAACUCUAAUUCUAACACUCCUAACAUUAUUAAAACUACCAUCUCUGUAAGUACCGGGAUUCUUGGUACUUCUGCUUUGGCUUGUUUUGCAGGAUGGAAACUUUAUAACCGCUAUAAGGGAGACCCUUGGGUUAGACAGAUUUGA